GAGAGGGUGAGAGGGGAGAUGCGGAACGAGGUGGAGAGAGCAAGAAGAGAGGGGGAGGAGAAGGCGGGACAGAUGAGAAGGCAGGGAGAAGAAGAGUUGGUCAAAGUUAAGAAAGCAGCUGAGGAAAAGGAGAGAAAACUACACAUGGAGAUAAAGGAGGCACUCAGCAAAGCUGAGGCAAAAGAAGAAAGGGUUGAGGAGUUGACUCUAAUUAACGAGCACCUGCAGGAGCAGCUGGCAGAGAGCAGGGGGAACAACGAUCGGCUGUCGGGAGACGUCCACCGUCUGUCUGUCUCCCUCAGCGCAGCUCAGAACAGGGCCAGUGAGAUGGAGUCUGAGCACCGAGAACGACUCGCUGAGUUGGAAAGGGCAAACUGUGGAUUGAGGAAGAUGAGAGAGAGGGUGGCACAGGUGGAGGGAGAGAGGGAGAGGGCUGGGAAUGAGAUAAAGAAGACAAGAGAUGAAGUGAGACGGACAGGGGCAGAGCUGGAGAGGGUGAGAGAAGAAAUGGCCCUGAAAGAUGCAGACGCUGAAAAAUCGAGACAAGUUCUUAAGCAGCAAAUUGAAGGACUCAAACAACAACAUUCACAAGAGGUAUAUACAUGUAUGUAAUAUAAAUGAAUGAAUACGAAUAAGUGUGUAAUUACCACAUCAUACAUAGUACAUUUACACUCAGUAAAGUUGAUGCACUCCAGGCAUGAAUAAUUAUUAAACUCUUAGUGUUUCAUUUGUCACCAUGAUUGCCUCGUUACGGCAGGGGCUACUGGUAAUAGGCGGGGUGGUGUCCAUUGUUACUGAGUAGUCUCUGUUCUUCUUCUUCUCCGCCUUUGAAAAUCCGUCGACACGGACACCUACACAGGAAGCAGAUACACCGAACGAGAUUCACUAUUCUUUCGUGGAUGUGAAAGUAACGGAAAAUCUUGUGCGUCAAGUAGACCGAGUAGAUGGUGUUCACAAGUAGAACGAGACACAUUGUAAGACCCAAAAUAAUCUUUCGCUGCCACACAAAAGUUCCCUCUGAUCGCUGCUGAGUGAAGCAGAAAAAGUUUGAAACCACCACCAGCACUCCAUACAUGAACACGGCCAUAUUGUUGUCCGAUCGUUUCUUGUACGGACGCAGCGUUCCAUACAUUACAGCCAGAAGUGUAAACCCGCCCACAGCAAAGGGCCACGGGAUGUUAUCCGUGUAUUCAAGGUUCCUCAGUAGAAUAAUCACCACAACGCACCCCAAGAUUAUCAGCAAAAAAAACACACCAGAAACCGGCCUGAGGUCUUUAGUGCCAUUCGUCCCAUCCUUGUACCCGUUUUCAAGAGUCUGGACGAAAAUCCGCACGAUCACUUGCCACCGUCGACUCAGCUGCAUCUGAUAGAAUCGCUGUACUCCUCCGGUUCUGAAGAAUGUUAGCAGGCAAAUAGCCGGUAUUAUGAGCACCGCGGCGACCGUAAAUGAAGUCAUGAUGAUCGCAAUGUGGCGGCCGUUAAAGUACUUUGUUGUCGGAUCGUAGAAAACGGUCAGUCUUUCGGUCUUUUUGUUGUCUUGUGAGUAGGCAGGGGAGGUGAGCGCUGUGAUAAAAGCAACAGAGGCCGUCUUGAAGAGAUAGAGGAAAAAGAACGUUGCAUACGUGUGGACCACGGCUUCUACUGGAUCGCGAUUAAGCUUGAAUCUCUCCAAGACUCUCUGAAACGGUCUCCAGACGCACAAAACGAAUCUUAUCUUAUAACUGUGGAGUUUUAUGAGCACUGAGAUUACGGCAGUCAAUAGGAGUAGAUACACGACUGGGAAAAAGUCGAAAAAUGGCACCAUGCAGUCGUGUACUUUGGGUACUGAUGCAAAACGGUGGUACGACAAAUCUAAGGAAAUCGAGUGUCCAGAUACCAGAUAAUGUGAGUCCAAGUCUCAAACCACCCUUCAUUAUACUUCCACCAGAAUAGAGAUAGCUCAUCGCCAGCCCGGCCGAGUACCGAAACAUGAAGGUUAUGGAGUUGCAAAACACGACGUAGUGGAACAUGUUGGGUCUGGUGAGAUCUACGCGAAACAGUAGGACUACUCCGUAGAAUAUGGAUAUGGGGAGGAUUUGAAGAGCAAAGUAUUUGAGUGAACCUGAGACGAGGCUGCAUUUGGUACACUGUAUGCCAAAGGAGUAGAGAGCAGGACCGUAACCUUCCUUCCUCUUACAGUGACCACAAUAUGUGUAAUUAACACCGACAUCUCUGUACAUUCUUCCACACAAGUAUUCCAGUGCUUCUAGUGCAUUCAUUGUCCUGUCUGUUGUGUCAUUUUUCAUGUUAAGGCACACGAGGAGUUUAUGUUUGUCUACCAGGCCCUCGGCGGGAUAGAUAUAGGGGAUGUGUGCCACCACAGCAUCUCCAGAUUUUCUUCUGUAGCCAAUGGCCUUUCCGAGCUGCAAGUAGCUGAAGUUAUCUUUCUCGGAGCAGCUAAUGUAGCCUUCAAUGUCGUCAUUACAGAGACAGGCAUUGGUGGUAUUGUCUCUAUAGAACCACACAGGGCAGUUGUUGCAAAGGCAGAUUUGAAGAACUUCAGAACACAGAAGAACCACCAGGAGACUUAGUUUCAUUUUUCUUCUUCCACAACUCCCUAUUCCUUCAAUCAAAGCCUCAGGACUUGGUCAAUAGCUGUAGGGCUCUGUUAGUCCACUUCACACUAUCGGUUUGUGAGCCUUCAGAUGUUUUUACUCUUGGAUAUACAGGUAGCUUACGGACAAGAUUGGUGACUGUAGGAGUGUUGUUGUUGAUGCUACCAGCGCCACUGUCUAAAACAGAGUGUUUUUCAACACACGGUUCACUUUCACCAUAAACUG